UUUUCUAACUUAGUUUAUUUUUCUUGUCUCCCAAGCACUAAACCUCCUUUAUUCUCUGGGGUUCUACAAAUCUCUUUUUGAUACUGAAAACUCAUAUCAAAGCACUACAGUACUGUCCCUUCACAUAAACAUGACCAUUCUCAUCACUUGAGUUAUCACAAACAACUCAAACUUUCAUUCUAAACAAGAAGAAGAAGGUAGAUAUGGUUAUGGUGAAUGAGUUCAAAUAUGAAGAACUCGAAGAAGCAACCGAAAACUUCUCUUCUUCACGACUCAUCGGUAAAGGAAGCCACGGAUGCAUCUACAAAGGAGUUCUCAAAGACGGCAAGCUCGUCGCGGUCAAGAAGCCAUCCUUAGGCCUUGAAAAGCUUCAGGACAACUCCAAGCUCGAAAACGAAAUAUGUGUGUUGUCAUCUCUACCUCAGAAUCCAUAUCUCAUCAACUUUCUCGGAACGAGUCAUGACUCGGCCAGGAAGAGAGUCUUGGUCAUGGAGCUCAUGCCUAAUGGCACACUUCAUGACUUGCUCCAUGUUGCAUUUCCACCACCACCGUGGCCUAAACGAGUCGAGAUUGCCGUCCAAGUAGCUCGGGGAGUGCAGUUGCUGCACGAGGCCAAGCCAGUGAUAAUCCACCGGGACAUCAAGUCUGCCAACAUUUUGUUUGAUUCGAACUGGAACGCCAAGUUGGGAGAUUUCGGGCUUGCUCUGAGACAAAGUUGUGCAAGUGAGCGAGUUGACUCGGUGAGUCAACCCGCCGGUACUAUCGGGUACUUGGACCCUUGUUACACCACACCAUGCAAAUUAAGCACGAAAAAUGAUGUGUUUAGCUUUGGGGUAGUGUUGCUUGAGAUCAUUAGUUGUACGAAAGUGAUCGAGGUUUCUAGAGAACCCGCUUCUAUUGUCGAAUGGGUAUUGCAGUUGAUUGAAGAGCAUCGAAUGUCGGACAUUUGUGACAAAAGACUUGCCUUACCAUCGUAUAUGGAGAGCACGAUACAAAGUAUGUUACAUAUCGCAUCACGUUGUGUGUUGUUAGAGGAAGAUCAUCGUCCGUCAAUUGGAGAAAUUGUAACAGAGAUGGAAAAUUGUAUAGUUGAAAGAGUUCGAUUUCCAAUUUGGACCAACAUUUUUCAUAGCCUUAUUUUCCUGAACAGGAAAAGAAAAAACACCAAAAAGCAAAAGAAUAGCCCCACCACCACCAUAAUAUGUGCAUCACAUCAUGCAAAAGUUCAUGAUGAUAUUUCAGAAAGAAAGCUGCUAAUAAGGGAUGUAUUGGCUGACACAUUAGAAUGAAAUGAGCAAGUAUAGGUCUCAUGGUGAGUCACUUAAUUGUAACUCAGCUGAGUCACCCAACUCGGGUGAGUCAAAGGUCAGCCUGCUCCUUUCGAAUAUAAAAGUUAGAAGUUGAACAAGCAAAGCAAGCACUCCAAACACAAGAUUCCCAACAGUUGGUGGCAGUGGGAAUAUAUAACAAAGCUUUGUUUGAUGCCCUGUCAUUCCAUGCUGAUGGUUAAAUAUUUCUCUUCCAUCCCUUUACUUUGGGGGGCUUUGUGUUGGUGCCCCUCCAUUUUACUAUAUUUUCACUUUGUCCUCAUGUAUAAUUACAUAUGUUUCAUAAAUACCCAACGCAUCAAGUUUUUGGAUAUGUAAUCUUAAGAUCAAUUGGUGGAAACCAUUGCGAGAUCUGACUAAUCUCAUUUACCAUAUAUCAUGGAAUGUAAUUUUUUUUUUUUAUUUCUUUUUUGUUCUUUGCUGUUAUUUUUGUCUUUCUACUCUGUUGUGGCACAGUGGUGCUGUCACAUCGGACGGAUUUCAGUUCACACGUGCGAAGGUUGAAAUUUGUCCAACACGGAACAAUAUCACUAUAGAUGACCCCAGCUCCAAAGUAAUAGUAUUUAUUUAUUUAAGAAAUGGGAAUUUAUUUCAAC